CAGGAUUUUGCGCAGCAGCAUCACUUCCGACCAUCUUCUUCCUCUCUUCCCGUCCAUCUCCCUUCAUCCACCUCUCUCUUUUCUCCCCACCAUCCCGCCUCGAUCUCUUUCUCCUCGACUCGAAGCCUUCGUGCUCGUUUGAUACUCCCGAUUCACCAUGUUCCGCUCCGCCAUUGUCCGCUCCUUGAGGGCCUCCGUCCCCCGUGCCGCCGUCAAGACCCCGGCCUCCUUCCAGAUCCGCAGCUCCCCCAUUGCUGCUCAAUUCAGUCCUAGCCUUGUCUCCCAGAGCAUCCGCUUCUACUCUGCCCCCGCUGGUCUGUCCAAGGAUGAGAUCGAGGGCCGGAUAGUCAACCUGCUGAAGAACUUUGACAAGGUUUCCGACGCCAGCAAGAUUACCGGCGUCUCUCACUUCUCCAACGACCUCGGUCUCGACAGCCUGGAUACCGUUGAGGUCGUGAUGGCCAUCGAGGAGGAGUUCAGCAUCGAGAUCCCCGACAAGGAGGCUGACCAGAUCCACAGUGUUGAGAAGGCUGUCGAGUACAUCCAGGCCCAGCCCGAUGCUCACUAAAUACUUAAUUGAAAAGCUCGAGGGCCGAUUGUUUGGGAAGUCGGAUAGAAAAUGAAUCGGGAUGGUGGCGUCCGCCGGGGAAUCCGCUCUGGAGAGCGCAUCUUCGUGGCUUAAGGCGCUGCUCUGUAUGCUGAAAUACAUGCCAGUGUUUUUUUUUCUCAUCCUUCUACAUCGUGUAUAUCAUCUUGAAUGCAGUUUUGAC